AUGGCGAUCUGUACUUAUAACGCACGUACGCUUGCAUCGGAAGCGGCCAUCGAAGAUCUGAUGAUGCAAGCCAAGAAGAUCAAGUACGACGUCAUCGGACUGACCGAGACGAGACGACGUCACCCUCUCAACGCCGUAUAUGAAACUGGAGAAGAACUGUUCUUAGGAACAUGCGACAGUAGAGGUGUUGGUGGAGUUGGCGUCCUCGUCAACACGAGUAUGGCAAAGAACAUCGACUCUUUUGAACAACUUACGACCCGAAUCGGACGUCUGCGGAUGAGAAGAUGUGGCUCAAUACCAGCUUUGACUAUCUUCGUCGUUUACGCUCCAACAUCAAGCUACGAAGAAGAAGAAGUCGAAGCUUUCUAUAUGGACCUGGAAAAGUUCUACCAAGAAGAUCAUGCCUUCUACAAGGUCAUAGUUGGCGAUUUCAACGCUAAGGUUGGCCCAAGAAGAACGCCGGAGGAACUUCACAUCGGGACCCACGGCCUACAAUGGAAUGACCAGGAGAGAGGCUCUCCGAAAGCCCUCUUCUUUACGCUGGACGUGGAGUCACCCGGUGGAGGGUACCGUAAUGAAAUAGACCACAUCAUCGUCAAUAAAAGGUUCUGCCUGACGGACGUCGGUGUUGUACCAAAGUUCUAUACGGGAUCGGACCAUCGCCUCCUCCGAGGAAGAUUUUCCUUCACAAGGAGAGCAGAGAAAUCCGCCAAGUUCAGAGAGAGAAAUCCCAGGACUACCAUCAACUGGGAUCUCUUCGCUACGCUAGCCGGCUUUUGGGAAGAUUCUGCAAUGGACAACAUCGACGAGGAAUAUGACCGGCUUGUCGAACACCUUCACGACUGCGCGAAGAAGGCUGAGAGUUUUAAAACCACCAAGAGGCGUCUGUUGCUUGAAACUCUUGAGCUGAUACGCCAGAGUGGAGCAGCACGAGCCGCAGGGAACCAAGAACUCACGUCCGAGCUCGCAAGGCUUUGCCGAGAGGCGAUAAAGGAAGACCUUAAAGAGAGAAGAGCAGAAGUGCUGGCUGAAGCUGCAGAGGCGGGGAAAAGCAUCCGCUAUGCCCGUCGAGACUUCGCCAGUCGCAAGACGAGGAUGACUGCUCUCCGGAACCCAAAGGGAACAGCCAUUGCAUCGAGAAGGGGGAUGGAGAAAAUCAUCUACGACUUCUACUCUGAUCUCUUCGACAGCCAUGUCCACUUGCCUCCCCACCAUCUGAGGGAAGAUGGACAAGUCAUUCCAGAGGUUCUCCCGUCCGAAAUACGACAUGCUAUCAUGUCGGUAAGAAAUCGUACGGCACCCGGUCCCGACAGAAUAAGACCAGAACACCUGAAGAGCCUUCCCCCAGUACUCAUCAACACCCUGGCGAGGCUCUUUACACGUUAUCUGUCGGAGUGCAAGGUUCCUAAACAGUGGAAGACCAGCAAGACCGUGUUGUUGUAUAAAAAGGGAGAUCCACAUGACAUCGGCAACUAUCGCCCAAUCUGCCUACUGUCCGUCAUCUACAAGCUCUUUACAAGAGUAAUCCUUAAUAGGAUUGAAAAAGUCUUGGAUGAAGGACAGCCAUGCGAGCAAGCAGGGUUUCGAAAAGGAUUCAGCACGAUUGACCACAUUCACACUGUUUCGAAACUCAUCGAGGUAUCACGAGAGUACAAGAUGCCGCUCUGUCUCACCUUCAUCGACUUAAAGAAGGCUUUCGACUCGGUUGAGACGGAAGCGGUCGUGGAAGCCUUGGACAACCAAGGCGUCCCUACUCAAUAUAUAAAGGUACUUCGAGAGUUGUACAGUAACUUCACGACCGGAAUUUCGCCAUUCUACAAGAACAUCGUCAUUGACGUGAAGAGGGGGUCCGACAGGGUGAUACAAUUUCACCCAAAAUAUUCACAGCCACCCUCGAGAACGCAAUGCGAAAGUUGGAAUGGGACGACAUGGGAGUGA